AUGGCGACAUCCCCACAUCGCUGGGGAUUCCUCCAACUCCUGCCCAGAAAGCUGCUCCUGAUUCUGGUCCUACUCCUGCCUCUGGCCCAGUACGCCCAGACGGCGCUGCAUUCCAGCUUCCGACGUCUGAGCGGUCGCGAGAAGAAAGAGAUGCAGAAGGAGAUCUUGUCCAUCCUGGGCCUGCCGGGCCGGCCCAGACCUCAUCCGCCGCUCCGGCCGCCCUCAUCGGCGCCGCUUUUCAUGCUGGACCUUUACCACGCCAUGGCGGCGGACGGCGACGACGACCCGAUCUCUGCCAACGACAUCGUCGGGCCCGGAGUGGUGCGGCUGAGGGGGGGUGGCGCCGGAGAGCGGAGGGCGGCUGUCCACCGCCCGGCGCUACCCACCCUCAGCACCCCGCCGCUCGGCACAGUUGUCAGCGAGGCCGACACAGUCAUGAGCUUCGUCAACCUUGUGGAGCAGGAACGGGACCUGAUGCAACCUCGGCCUUACUGGAAGGAGUUCCGCUUCGACCUGACGCCCCUGCCGCAGGGCGAGACGGUGACGGCCGCAGAGUUCCGCAUCUACAAGACGCUCACGCUGGGCCAGCGGGCUAACAGAACCCUUCACAUCUCAGUGUAUGAGAUCCAGAAGGACAACAGACACAGGGAGCCCGAAUUGGUUCUGCUGGACAUGCAGUCUGUGCCCGCAGGUCAAGAAGGUUGGUUAGCCUUCGAUGUGACCUCGGCCUCCAACCACUGGCUCCUACACCCUCGCAGCAAUUUGGGAAUCCGCCUCUACGUGGAAACCGAAGAAGAUCGCUCGCUGUCCGCCGCCUGGAUCGGGCUGGUGGGCCGCAGGGGUCCUCGUUCCAAGCAGCCUUUCAUGGUCACCUUCUUCCGGGAGAGCCAGAUCCCCUGCCGGCCCCCUCGCGCCGUCAAGACGCACCCCCGCAGGAAAAAGCCCAAAUACGACCUCCCAGUGCCCAGCAUUCACAAUCGAAGCCCCGUCAACAGCGGCGGUCAACCGUGCAAAAAACACGAACUCUACGUCAGCUUCAGUGACCUAGGAUGGAAGGACUGGGUUCUGGCCCCUACAGGCUACUCGGCGUACUACUGCGAUGGCGAGUGUUUCUAUCCACUGGGCGCCUGCAUGAACGCAACCAACCACGCUCUCAUCCAGCAAGUAGUGCACUUGCUGAAACCCAACGAGGUUCCUAAGGCGUGUUGCGCACCCACCAAGUUGAGCCCCAUCUCCGUGCUCUUCUACGACGACAACAACAAUGUCAUCCUCAAGAAGCAUCGCAACAUGGUGGUUAAAACAUGCGGUUGCCUAUGA